UCAGUGCCUCGGUGAAGGGCACAGUUCGCUUUGGAUUUACACCUAGCCGCGUCUAUCAGAGCACACGCUUUGUUUGGAUCUGAUCUAAUACAAGAUGUUAUAUCCACAUCGAAUGUUUUGCUGUUUGAACCUUUAUUUUAAACCGUAGGACGGUAUUGUGCCAUAUUGGAGUUGUCAGAUGCGCUAUAAGGGACGAUACAUUUACCCAUACGCGAGCCUCAAUCUUGAAUGCUUGUCCUUGCAUGGCAUGAGCGAAAUAUAAACAGCUGGCGUGUGUGUAUGUGUGCGUGUGUGUGUGUUUAUGAACUGCUUAAUCAACCUGCAUUUGGAGAGCAAAUGACCAUAAGGCGUCCACCUCGCAGCGCGUACAAAUCACUGUGAUGUGGAUCUGUUUCACUUUGCCAAGCUGUGUAUGGCUGAAGCCGGAGAUUUCCUACCGAUUGGACACAGUUUGAGGAGUUAAAAGUUUAUUUUUUAUUUUGUUUGUGUCUUGAACGACUUUUUCCAUUCCGGUGUCGAUGAUGACUGAGAACAAUGAGAUGGAGAGCAACUCUCAGCUCCAGCGCUGUCCAAGCACCAUGUCCAUCCAACCGAUGUCAUCCAAGCUCCAGAGACUAAAACGCUCGCUGUCCUUCAAGACCCUCAUGCGCAGCAAAAGCGUGGAGAACUUCUUCCAAAGGUCUUACAGCGAUGCUCGCCUGCCUGAAGAUUUCAUCCCUGACCUGCCGCCUCCUUCUCCUCCACUGCUGCCUGGCUCUCCUCUCGUCGGCGACCGCUCACCGUCCAUUUCACCAUCUCUCAGUCCCAACCCCUCCAUCUCCUCCCACUCCCCCUCGCUCAGCCUUUCCCCAUCUUUGCCCAUCAAGCCGCCCCGACCUCAGAUUACCCACUCUUUCCAGGACCAUGUCUUUCGGAAGCCCACCAACUGCCAGCACUGCAAGCACAUGAUAGUGGGAAACUCCAAACAGGCCCUGCGGUGUAAAACAUGUAAGAUGGCUGCUCACCUGUGGUGCACCUCAGAACUAUCGCAGCAGCUGUGUCAUGGGAAGUCUGGAGCGUUCAAGCGAAACUUCAGCUCGCCGAUGAUUGUCAAUGACCAAUUGUCUGUCGUCAAGGAAGUUCAACCAAGCCUAGAGGCUGCGCGGAUGCGUGUAGACCCCGUGUAUGCCGCCUUGCGCUACGGGACGUCCUUGGCACAGAUGAGCCGCUCCAGUUUUGGCAGUUUGUCAGAGUCGCCAACACGCAGCCUGGGGGAGGGAGGUGAGGAGAUGCAGCAGAGACAGUGCAGCAUGGAGGAAGACAUAACUCAGGAGACAGGGGACACCCUUGUCCCUGACAUUGAGAUCGAGGAGGAAGAUGAGAGCGGCAGCCAGGCUCAGAUUUCAGCAGAAGAUGAGACUCCAGCAGAAGAUGAGACUCCUGCAGAGGAGAGCAGUGUGAUGGUGCCCAAGCGCAUUGAAGUUCACUCCAUCCACACCUAUGUAGCGCUCUACAAGUUUCUGCCUCAGGAACAGAAUGACCUGGAACUUCAUCCCGGUGAUCGUGUGCAGGUCACUGAUGACUCUAACGAAGAGUGGUGGAAGGGCAAGAGUGGGGACAAAGUUGGCUUCUUCCCUUCCAACUUUGUGCAGAGGGUCCGGCCAGGGGAGAGAGUGUGGCGGGUUGUCCAGGGCUUUCCUGGCAACCGAGAGAGAGGACACAUGGCCGUGAAGGAAUCCCAGAUCUGUGUGGGGAAGCGAGAAGACGGAGAGGAGUUUCUGAGGCUGAGCAGCGGGAAGAAGAGAGGGCUGGUCCCUGCUGACUCCAUAGAGGAGAUCUGAGCCUCUGUUCUCCAAUCACCAUCCUUCCACUUCUACUUCCCCCUGGGAGGCACGCAUCUAUAUAUCCCUUCCUUUACCCUGCACUCGGCAAAACGACAGCUGCAGCCUUUCCAACCAGCGCUGACUAACUUUAACCAAACACACUUCUGCAAAGAGCUGGAACCACAGCGUCCUUGAACAUGUGGUUUGCCGUUGAUUUGAUGUACUUUCUUCAAUAGAGUGUACAGUCAUGCAGUAGUCCUGCUCUUAGAAAGGAACUGUCUAGUUUUAUCUUUCCGAUACAAACAUCAAUGUUUAGUUAGAAAAAGAGUGCACCAAUCAACAAUGCUUUAAAUAUGCUUGCCAGAUGCCAGAUCACAUCUUUUUUUCAUCCAUCAAAAAGAUGUCUACCAACGUGGGAGGAGGCUGAGUCCUGUCCUGGGAACAUGACGCCUCUGUCAGUGUCCUUUUCUUUUUUCCUGCCCACUCUGCAUGUCUCAUCUGCUAUCUGUUCAUGUCAGGGUCUUUGGCCUGAGGACUGAUAUCAGCUAAUAGUAGCUACACAAUAUGAGGCACUUGGCAAGGACAACGACCGCCAGCCAGAGAACAUUGCUGCCAUUCAGACAGAGAGGAGAAUCAGAUGAAAGGAGUAGACACGAUCCAAAAAACCUCAGCAUUGUCAGGCUGAGUUUUGACUGCAUUCAUCAACUUGAGAGGGCAGAAAUCAGAAGAUUUUCAAAGGAAAUGUGAAGCCUCUGGGGAUCACUGCACAGGGAACGUAAAAAAACCACUUCCCCUGACAAAAAUGAGUCAGCAUAUUUUUAUUUCUGGUAAGAGAGUAUAAAUCAGCCAAUAGACCCCAUCUUCCACAAAAAAGGUCAACUCAACAAUAAUGGCAAAACAAAAUUUACCUUUUUUUCUUUUUUUCAAAUCUGUCUACAAGACAGGAACUUAAACCUGAAGGAACCACUGAAAAAGUGUUCCUUGCCUUUUCUAUUAAGUUAAUGGCAUAUCCAUACAGAAACACAUUUUGGUGCAAAGCACCUUGUUGAUAACUUAGAGGUGAGUGUCUACGGCCUAAAAAAUAAGUCAGCACAUUUGUAUUUCUGGUAAGAGAGCAUAAAUCCGCCAGUAGACCCCAUGUUCCACAGAAAGGUCAACUCAACAAAUAUUGUAAAACAAAUGUACCUUUUUUUCAAAUCUAUCUACAAGACAGGAACUUAAAACGGAAGGAACUGCUGAAAAAGUGUUCCUUGCCUUUUCUUUUUAGUUAAUGGCAUAUCCAUACAGAAACACAUUUUGGUGCAAAGUACCUUGUUGAUAACUCAGUGGUGAUUGUCUAGGACCUAAAUCUUUAGUCUUACUGUUUUAAGCAAAGAUGAUGCUGGGGAAAUGAAAAGGAAUAGAGGUAAAACUUGCAAAUCCCCAGAAAAAACAGGGAGGGUGGUCCUCCCUCGUAUGGCUGGUUGUUGUGAGCACUGAGCAAGAGUGUGUAGCAGUGGCAGUUUCUGUUCUCCUGUUUUCACAUGAAGCAGCUUGACGGGCAUUAAAGGGUUGUUUUUCUUUCUGCAGAGACCCGCCGAAGAGCUGCAGUGGGUGUUGCAAAUGUUGCACAGCAUUAUUACAUGACUUCACUAGAGCUGGAUCAGUGGGAAACAAACGGCGGCCAGUCUGCCAGAAAAACAACACAAUGGGGAGCUUUCUGUCCAUGACAAGGAGUCUAAGUUUCACUGACAGCUUGGAGGAGGAUGCGGGGAAACAGAGGGAGGAGGAGGUGUAUUGAGAGGAAUGACAUCAGUGUUGAACCAUUAUGAGUCAGUCUGUGCAUGCAGGUAGUGUUGUACACAUGGGUGCACCAGUCAUCAUUGAUCAAAUGUCAGCCUGUCAUCUCCAUCUUCUGCUCCCUAUUUGGCCUCUCUCGUCCUCUCUUUCUUUACUGCUCAGUUAUGACAUAAAGUGAAGGCAUUUUUCUUCUUGUACUGUACAUAUUGAUGGUUUAGACACCUGGAUCCAGAGAGAGGACACUCCACCUGUGUCACGAACAUAAAAGAAUGCAACAGUAGAAUGAUGGCACUGCAAUUGAUGAAAUAAUUUAACUAAAUAAUUUAACCUGUAUGUCUUUUAGACCACACAGGUUAAGCUAAUGUGAUCCUUCUUUAGUCUACAUUUUAAUAUAUACGUGAGGCAUUUAGAGACUGUGAGAAAUAAGCUUCUCUUCUUGUGAAAAUGAGAAUAGCACUUUAUGUUGUGUCAUCUUAAGUUGUCCUACUUGUUGAGGUAUCUCCUUCAUAGUGAUGGCUUUCAUAUUUAACAACUUCACUUCCCUAUGGAGCUCUUUGGUCAAAGAGCGGAUAGCUCGUCUAUGUGUGUUAGAUUUUUCUGAUGUCGAAAAAUAUCAUGUAUGGAAAAAAACUGAGAAUUACACAGCAACAUAAACAACAUGAGCGUCCUGGAGAAAAAUGGCGUCAGAGCAGAACUGGAUUUAUGAUUUUAACCCAUGUAAACACUUUGUUAUCUUACAUCGUGCCUAGUUUUCUGUAGCAUCACAUGUUCGCACCUUUUAGAAUUCAAAAUGUUAAGUAUGUGUUUGGAUGUAUCCUGAGUCCAGAGUCAUUGGUCGGCCACAUACCUUAAUAAAAGAUAUUUACAAA